UCUUCACUGUCAUUUAUGUAUUUGUUUGUUUUAUUCAUUAUCUCUUUCUUUGGAUUUGGUGAACUUUGUGCCCCAGAAGUGCCAAAAGCUGACCUCUGAGCUUUCACACGCCCAUUCCGUCGCACGCACGCCCACCAUUUCCCGCAUCUCAUCUUUUUCUUCUCUCUCCCGCCUGCACCCUCGCUCCCCCCCCGCAGGAGCCGCCACGCCCGUGAGGAAGAUCUCCGCCCACGAGUUCGAGAAGGGCGGCCUCUUGAAGCCCAUCGUGACCACCAUCGACGGCACGCCCACCUUCCUCUCGCCCGCAGCCGAUGCCGAGAACGUCGCCAUUCUCGCCAAGGUCCGGCGGAAGUCGCGGACGGAGCUGAAGGGGCUGGACGAGCGGCAGCUGAUCUUCGAGCUGGUCAAGGACAUCUGCAACGACCUGGACGUGCGCUCGCUGUGCCACAAGAUCCUGCAGAACGUGUCGAUCCUCACCAGCGCUGACCGGUGCUCGCUCUUCCUCGUGCAGGGGGACAAGGAGUCGGGUAACCGGUGCCUGGUGUCCACCCUCUUCGACGUGAAUCCGGACUCGACGGUGGAGGAGAUGGAGGAGAAGGAAGAGAUCCGCAUUCCCUGGGGGUCCGGCAUCGUGGGCUACACGGCCGAGUCCGGAGCCAUGGUCAACAUUCCGGACGCCUAUCAGGACCCGAGGUUCAACCCAGACAUUGAUGGCAUGACAGGCUACAAGACCCGCUCGAUGCUGUGUAUGCCCAUCAAGGACAGCGCUGGCGAGGUCAUCGGCGUCGCGCAGGUGAUCAACAAGCACCAGGAACCUUGCUUCACAGUCAGCGACGAGAAGGUGUUCGAGUCUUACCUCCAGUUCUGUGGGAUUGGACUCAGGAACGCCCAGCUGUACGAGCGCUCGCAGCUGGAUGUCAAGAGGAACCAGGUGAUGCUGGACCUUGCACGAAUCAUUUUUGAGGAGCAAAGUACAAUAGAACAGAUGGUCUACCGCAUCAUGACGCACACACAGAGUUUACUGCAGUGUGAACGUGUGCAGAUCCUUUUGGUGCAUGAAGCAUCUCAGGGAACCUUUUCACGAGUGUUUGACUUGGAGGUGAAGGAUCUGCAGGGAAAGGAUGCCGAGACCCGCACAAGUCCCUUUGAGUCUCGCUUCCCCAUCAACAUUGGUAUCACAGGCCAUGUUGCCACUACAGGGGAGACAGUCUGCAUACCAGAUGCCUAUCAGGACUCCAGAUUUGACCAGUCAGUGGACGAACACACCAACUUCCGGCACCGUUCCAUCUUGUGCAUGCCCAUCAGAAACACGGCAGGCAAAAUUGUGGGUGUUGUCCAGCUGAUCAAUAAAUUUGACAACCUCCCCUUUACCACCAAUGACGAGAAUUUCCUAGAGGCCUUUGCCAUCUUCUGUGGGAUGGGCAUUCACAACACACGAAUGUAUGAAAAGGCUGUGAUAGCAAUGGCCAAGCAGAAAGUUACCCUAGAAGUGCUUAGCUACCAUGCUGCAGCUCCAAGAGAAGAUGCACUGAAACUAAUGAAAGUGAAGAUCCCUUCAGCUCAGGCCUUCAGAUUGUAUGAUUUCAAGUUUGAUGACUUUAGCUUAGAUGAUGAUGGAAGUUUAAAGGCUUGCCUUAGGAUGUUCCUGGACUUGGACCUCAUAGGAAGGUUCCAUAUAGAGUAUGAAGUCCUGUGUCGUUGGUUGUUGAGUGUCAAGAAGAACUACCGCAAUGUCACAUAUCACAACUGGCGGCAUGCAUUCAAUGUUGCACAGAUGAUGUUUGCCAUCAUUACAACUACCCAGUGGUGGAAGGUGCUGGGUGAACUCGAGUGCCUGGCCCUCCUUGUUGCCUGCUUGUGCCACGACCUCGACCAUCGGGGCACCAACAAUUCAUUUCAGAUCAAGGCCUCAUCACCUCUGGCACAGCUCUACACAACAUCCACCAUGGAGCACCACCACUUUGACCAGAGUGUCAUGAUCCUCAACUCAGCUGGCAAUCAGAUCCUGAGUAAUUGUACCCCAGAUGAAUAUUCACGGGUCAUUAGCGUGCUCGAGGAUGCGAUUCUGGCAACAGACUUGGCAGUGUACUUUAGAAAAAGGGGAGACUUCUUUACCUUGGUAAACAAAAACCAGUAUGACUUUGCAAAGGAGGAGAACCGCGAACAGCUGCGAGGAAUGAUGAUGACCAUCUGUGACAUCGCGGCCAUAACAAAGCCAUGGAACAUCCAGAAAAAGGUUGCAGAACUUGUAGCUGGAGAAUUCUUUGAGCAGGGAGACAUAGAGAAAGAAGAGUUGAAAAUUACUCCAAUUGAUAUGAUGAAUCGGGAGAAGAAGGACAAAUUACCAAUAAUGCAAGUUGGAUUUAUAGACUCCAUAUGCAUGCCAGUAUAUGAGGCAUUUGCCAAUCUCAGUGAUGAAUUAAAACCUCUGCUUGAUGGAGUUCAAGACAACAGACAAAAUUGGCAGAGUCUGGCUGACGAAGUGACGCAGAAGGAAGCCACAGCGAACAAUAACAAUAAUAACAACAACAAUAACAGUAGUGGUGCAAGCACAAAUGCAGAAAAUAAUGCAGCCACCAAUUGAUAGAUGCAAAUUUCUUAGCAAGAGACCAUAGAAACCACCAGCGAUGUGAAAUAUUUAUCAGAGAGAACUGAUAGUAACUGUAAGAAGUGAAAAGGUUUUCAACACUUUGCAGGAUUUGGGAAUGAGUUUCAUGUUCAGAACAGGUGCACAUAUAUUGAAAUACGACAUACUAUUGUCACCUUAAAAUAAGGUUCCUUGAUUGUGUUUGACAUUGGAACUGAACAUGUAUGAACUAUAUACACUUUCCCCAGUGCAAAAUAGAAGUGUUCAAGAUAUUUAAUUGUGGUAACAUAUUGAUCUGCAUUAUAUUUUAAUCAGGAAAUUAUGUGUUCGGAGUUUCUUAUUCAGUUAUCAGAAUGGUCAGCUAGGUCAGGACAUUCACGUGUCAUUACUUAAGGCAUUGGACUUUACCAAGAGAAACACAAAGGUCAUUGAACUUCGAUGGCUGUACAGUGAAAGGCAUUGAAAGGUCUGAGCCAUUUAUCAUAGUUUAAUAGGGAAUAUUUAAUUGUCAUUAUAUUAUUAUCAUUAUCAUUAUUAAUGAUGUUGAUAUUAUUAUUAUCAUUAUUAUUGUUAUUAUUAGUUUUUUUUUCUAAUGAAUUAUUUGUCUUAAUGUUUUAUGUUUUGUUAUUGAUAUUAAUUAUUAAUUAUAAUUUGUAACUAAUUAAUUAUUAUUAUUAUUGUUACUAUUAUUUAUUGUAUUAUUGUUCACAUUCUCAUUAUAUUUUUGUGUCAUUGUCAUUAGAUUUCAUCAGAAUUCUUUUAUUAAUAUUAUUGUUUUCACCAUAAUUUUUAUCAUCAUCCUUCUUAUGAUUGAUAUUUUAUAUGUUAUUGUUUUUUUCCAUUAUUAUUAUUAUUAUUAAUUUCAUCAUUGCUGCAGUCAUUAUUUUCAUUAUCACAGAAUAAAAGAUAAAGACCAUAAUUAUGUUAUAUUAAUGUAAAAUAGUAAUGUAAUGAUAUAUGCUAUUUUUCUCUCUGGAUUUAUACUGGUAAAAUAAAAAUGGGUGUAUCGUAUCGUGUAUUAGUUGUAUAGUGUAUUGUAGAAAGAUUUAGCAUUAAGAAGCUGUGUUUUUUUAUAUUAGAAGAAACACAAGACAGUGUGAAUUUUGAAAGCAGUCUCUAAUAUAAAAAUUUUCAGGUACAAGAUAUUAUAGUUUGAUAUGUGGUAUUUCCCACUGCAAAGAAUCGUCAUAUCUCAAUGGCAUAGUAUCUGCGUAGUGUUUUCUAGGCACAAGUGUUCCAUAUGUGUAUAUUACUUUAUUGUGAAUAACAGUAAUUGGGAUGAAGAUAUGAUGGGAGAUUUGUGCCUAUCUGUCGGGAUACAGAUGCAUAUUCUGUUAAGACCUCCCUCCCACAAUAAGAUAUAUAUUUUUUG